UUAAACUUAUUUUAACUUGUUACAGUCAAAUUCGUAGUCGCUUCUUCAAACUCUCUCUCUCAAUUUCCGAUGAUUGGUUUCAUUCGACCCUUGUGGUAAACCACCACCACAUCUCCUCCGCCGUCGCCGUCGCCGCACCGGAACCCGACCCGCAUUUUUAGUUGAUCCGCCAUUCAAUUUCUCACCCAUGGGAGAGCAAACCCAGCCCCAGACUCAGGCUCAGACCGAACCACCUCAGUCUGAGACUCCUCAACCGCCGCCGCAGCAUGACUCUAUCGCCACCACCACAAUCGCCGAACCAACUCCGACCGAACUCACCAAUGCUCCGCCCCUAACCUCCUCUCCCCCUUCCAAAAUCCCCUUCCGCCCGCGGAAGAUCCGGAAGCUCUCGCCCGACAGUUCAGACCCGAAUCCAUCUCAACAAACCGCCGCCGCGCCCGAAAACCCCAAGCCCAGGCCCACAAAGUCCAAGAUCGUCCAGCCACGCGCCGUCUCGGUUCCGAGAGCCGUCGGCCGACCUCUCCGGUGCGAAGGCGAGGUCGAAUCGGCGAUUCGGCAUCUCCGGAACGCCGAUCCGCUUCUGAUUCCGUUGAUCGACGCCCACCAACCACCGCAAUUCGACAACUUCCACACUCCGUUCCUUGCCCUAACCCGUAGCAUUCUCUACCAGCAACUCGCCUACAAGGCCGGCACGUCGAUCUACACGCGCUUCAUCCAGCUCUGCGGCGGCGAGGCCUGCGUCAAUCCUGAGAGCGUGCUCGCCCAGAGCGCUAUACAGCUCCGGCAAAUCGGAAUCUCCGGGCGGAAAGCCAGCUACCUCCAUGACUUGGCCAGGAAGUACCAGAAUGGAAUUCUCUCUGAUGCUGCCAUUGUAAAUAUGGACGACAAGUCGUUGUUCACAAUGCUGACCAUGGUCAGUGGCAUUGGCUCUUGGUCUGUCCACAUGUUCAUGAUUUUCUCGCUGCACCGGCCCGAUGUGCUUCCGGUGAAUGACCUAGGGAUUCGCAAAGGUGUUCAGCUCCUCUACGGGCUUGAGGAGUUGCCUCGGCCCUCACAGAUGGAGACGCUGUGUGACAAGUGGCGGCCUUAUAGGUCAGUCGCAGCUUGGUAUCUGUGGAGGUAUGUUGAAUCCAAGGGAGCUUCUUCUACGGCGGCAGCGGUUGCCGCAGGUGCUAUAGCACCAAUGCAGCAGCAACAGGAGGAGGAACAACAAUCGCAGCACCCGCAGCAUCCUCAGCAACAGCAGCUUAUGGAUUCGCUCAGCAGCCUAAUUAAUAUUGGGGCCUGUACCUGGGGACCUUGAUUAUGAGUGGAAUCGUGAAGUUUGUCUGUUUCUCAUCUUCAUCCAUUUUGGAUUGACGGAAAUACUUAAAAGAAGUGCGAGACUGAUUCUCAGUGUGGAAAUAUGGUUUGCUGCUAAAAGUGCUGGCAUUCAAGGCCUGUGAGGAUGAGAGUACAUUGAAUAUGUUCAGUAAUUAUGCAUUUUGAUUAAUAAAUACUGUCUAUGAUCUAGGUUUGCUGGUCUUUAGUUUGAAAGAUAUUGGUUUUAAGUUGUCGUAUAGCACUUACUAUAGACUGCAAUAUUUUGCUGCCUUUGCCUUUAGGUCCAGCAUAAAAAGCAGAAAAGCAUUUUCCUUCUAGAUGUAUGUGGUAUGGCACUCUUGGUGAUUGUGGUUUAAAUCUAAAUCACAUUUACCUGAUUUUGAUUGCCCUUAGUACCCGACAUGACCUUUGUGCAUUUAUGUUUAUGUGUACUUUUAGACAUUUAUUUUCGACAGAUAUGCUUUAAAGAUUGUUUUGCACUCUUCCUGGGUGUAUGUUAUUUGGCUUUUC